ACAGUGAAAAAACAUGUUUCACGUUGGAUUCGCUAAAGGCAAACUUCUUCUACACUGAAUUACAUUCCACGUCACCUGGAUCCAUUUCCAAAUCAAUUGGGUACCAUCUGAAGGCUAAAAAGACAAGGAAAAUUGAAUUGCAGUCCAACCCAAUCGACCGUGAGGACUUGCAUCUCAACAGGUGACUUUGUCCAGUAGAUCAUCUGGUUGGAGCAAAGUUUGUGUACAGAUCGGUCACGGUGAAAGUAGACGGGACCGGACGAAAAAGAUAGUAGAUUGGACGAGAAAUUCGCCAUGGCGUGUAGUGGAAUAUCCGGACCUCUGGCCUUGGCCAUAUUUUCCGCCGUUUUGGGCAUGUUUCAGUUUGGUUUCAACACUGGCGUCAUCAAUUCCCCGGGAGUUCAUAUCAAGGCCUUUAUCAAUGAGACUGGAGACGGUGAAUAUUCGGAAGCUAAGGUCGAGACUUUGUUCAGCUUGGCCGUGAGUGCAUGUUUGGUGGGAGGGAUGAUCGGGGGUUUGUCCGGGGGCUGGUUGGCGGACAAAUUUGGCCGUCGACAAGGACUGUGGUACACUCAAGUAUUCACCAUAGUGGGAUCAAUCUUGAUGGGCUUCUGCGAAAUGGCUGGCAGCUAUGCCAUGCUCUUCAUUGGACGAUUUUCCAUUGGUAUAUCGUGUGGAUUGUUCACUGGUUUGGCACCUUUGUACAUCAGCGAGGUGGCUCCUAUUGACAUUCGGGGUGGACUGGGUGUGGUCAAUCAAUUGGCAGUUACAACAGGAAUAUUCUUCAGUCAAGUGUUGGGACUGGAAGUGGUGCUUGGAUCAAGGACUCUCUGGCCAUUGUUAUUGGCCUUGGGUGGAGCCGUUCCUUCCAUUCUGCAAGUGAUUCUUUUGCCAUUGAACCCUGAAUCGCCCAGAUAUCUUAUCAUCACCAAGGGUCAGGAAGAAGCUGGGAGAAAAGCCUUGGCGAAAUUCAGCAAGUCGGCCAAUCCAGAGGCUGAGUUUGAAGAGAUUCGUAGUAGCAUGGACGUGGGGAACCAAGAGAAAAUGAGUGUGAUCCAAUUGCUCAAGUCCAAGGAAUGCCGCCUUCCUCUUCUGAUAUGCGUUCUCAUGCACCUGUCCCAACAACUUUCCGGGAUGGUGGCCAUAUUUUACUAUUCCACCACCUUCUUCAUUGGAGCUGGAGUUGAAAAAGAACGUGCUCAAUAUGCAACUCUUGGAGUUGGUGCUAUCAUGAUGAUCAUGACAUUGGUAACCCUUCCGUUGAUGGAUCGAUUGGGCCGGAGAUUUUUGCAUCUCACUGGUUUGGGCGGUAUCUUUAUUUGUGCCAUCUUGAUCACAAUCGGACAGAAUUUGGAUCGAGAACAAGAGUGGGUGGGAUAUUUUAUUAUCUUCUCCACUCUUCUGUUCGUGGUGUUCUUUGCUUUUGGCCCUGGAUCGAUUCCGUGGCUCAUAACCGGUGAAAUGUUCCUUCAAGCUCCCAGACCAUCUGCUUUUGCCGUUGCCACCUUAGUGAAUUGGUUGGCCAAUCUUGGAGUGGGGUUGCUGUUCCCUUUGAUGGAACAGGAGAUCUCGAGUUAUUCCUUCUUACCAUUUGCUGUUAUCACCGGAAUCUUGUACGUAACCCUCUACGUUUACUUACCAGAAACCAAAGGUCGAUCUGUGGAAGAGAUAUCGACUCUGCUGACCUUGCCCGGAGCUUGGCUGGGAUCGUACAACAAGCGAGAGAGUGCUGUCAAAUUGUGAUGUUUUGUACAUACUAUAAUAAAGUAGAAUACAUAUCAACUAUAGUAGAAUACGUCGCAAUAAACUUGCAUUUGCAAAUUUAUCACA